GAAGCUGACCUUACCUCACCUUCCCCCGCAGGGUCCCAGAUCCCCAGGUCCUGGGUGGGCAUAGACUUGAAGGUACAGCCCCAGGAACCUCUGGUACUAAAGGAUGUGGGCAACACCGACUGGCACCUUCUGGAGGGGGCCACAGAUGUCAGAAUAGAGAGGAACAAUCCAGACCAGGUGGAGCUGUGGGGACUCAAGGAAGGCAGCUACCUGUUCCAGCUGACCCUGGCUGACUCGGCGCAGCCGGAGAGUCCGGCCAACGUCACAAUCACCGUGCUGUCCCCCAAGCAAACAGAAGACUACUGCCUGGCCUCCAACAAGGUGGGGCGGUGCCGAGGAUCCUUCCCUCGCUGGUACUAUGACCCCACCGAGCAGAUCUGCAAGAGGUUCAUUUAUGGGGGCUGCUUGGGGAACAAGAACAACUACCUGAGGGAGGAAGAGUGCAUGCUGGCUUGCCGGGACGUGCAAGGCCUCUCGAUGGAAAGGAGCAAUCCAGUGUGCUCCGGCAGCUGCCAGCCCAACCAGUUCCGCUGCAGGGAUGGCUGCUGCAUCGACAGCUUCCUGGAGUGUGACGACACCGCAGACUGCCCCGAUGGCUCAGACGAGACCACCUGUGAAAAAUGUGAGACCACCCCCCCCCCCGCCCCAGGGUGGAG